AUGGCCGACUACAGCAGUUGGAAAGUAGCUGACCUAAAAGCAGAGUUGAAAAGACGUGGAAUUCCUCAGACUGGCCUUAGGCUAAAACAACAAUUUAUCGAUCGAUUAAUACAAGCCGACUCCUCGGGUCCAAAUGAAAACGCGGCAGAAAAUGUCGCAACCGCAGAGGUCGCAAGCAAACCAAGCGCGCCCGAUACUUCCCAACAAACGGGUGAACCGAAAGAGCCUUCUGCUGCGGCACCUCAAGUAGCUGAAAUGAGUAGCUUGCGUGACCAAGCACCUGCAACCCCUCAAGAAGUACCCGAACCGGCAACGAAAUCACACGAUGUAGCCAUGCCGGACGUGAGUCAAUCUGUUGGCCAGACAAGCUUAGAGGAAGCGCCUCCUCCUAGACGCACAUCUCAUGCGAUCGCAAUAUCAGAUCUCUUGCAGGAAGCACCAUCAGUCAGACCGUCAGACGAACCCACUGUCCCCCCAGAACCUGAACCUCCUCGCGUUAUAGAAUCGGCAUCCCACCCCUCAACGACAGAGCCGGCGCUAUCGAGUGAAGAAUUGGAUGACUCUAAGAAGAGAAAGCGAAGAAGCCAAAGCCCACCGCCUUCUCCGAGAAGUGCGGCCUUAAAAAGGGCAAAGGCGGAGGAUGGCCACCCGCGCGUAGUGCUUCAGGAGGAGGAGGAGGAGCCAGGAAAGCUGGGAGAGGUGGAGGUACCAGUGGCUUCUACAGGCCCUCCAGUGGAUUCGGGAGAUAUGAAAAUGGAUGAAACACAGGAAGGCCAAGAUGUCACAGCUGAGGCGCAAAAGUUGGAUUCUGAAGGGCGAGAGGAGACUAGUCAACCAGAAGGCGAUGGGCCUGAUCGUCCAAUAGUUGAGGAACCAGACUUACAAGAUAAUCGCGAACAUCAUGAAAGGCCUGACGACAAAUAUGUCGUUCACCGGGAGCAAGAGACCCCGCAAGAACAAGGUGAUGAACUGGCUGAGGACAGUCAUUCUACUACGAAGCCCCAUGGAGAUGCCCGUUUCAAGGAUUUAUUCCCAUCUCAAAAUGGAAUUCCAAGCCCACGUGAAUCUUCUGCCCCCGCAGAAGGUGAAGAGAGCGCUUCCGUUCCAGCCCUUCAUCCAGCCACCACAUCCCUGUACAUUCGCGACUUCAUGCGUCCUUUACAAACCGUCGCCCUAAAAAGAUAUCUUAUCUCAUUAGCCACACCUCCUCACUCUACUCCUGAUCCGGAUAUUAUUCUUGACUUCUUUCUCGACAGUAUCAAAACCCAUUGCUUUGUUACUUUCACCAGCAUCUCAGCUGCCUCUCGUGUUCGCACGGCACUACAUGGCACAACAUGGCCAGAUGCAGGGUCUCGGAAACCUCUCUGGGUCGAUUUUGUCCCUGAGGAGAAGGUAAAGGAGUGGAUUGAUGUCGAGCAGGCUUCUGGAAACGGCAGACGCAACAAUUCUCGCUGGGAAGUAUCUUACGAAGAUAAAGAAGACGGGAUUGUCGCUGUUCUCCAUGAGGCUACCCCAAAUUCAAGGCGCUUGAGCCGCACACAGCCCUUUAGUACUGAGCCUCCCACGGGACCACGAGCCGAAAGAAGUUUUGAACGAAACAACCGACAAGCUCCCCCCUCUACAAAUAUCUCCGAUAGCAGUUUUAAAGCGCUUGACGAUCGGUUCGCAUCCACGUCAGCCAAGCCCAAGCUUUAUUAUCUUCCAGUUGCCAAGGAAGUUUCGGAUAAACGCUUGGACAGAUUUGAAGAUCUUGCGCGCACCGGCCCUACCCGAAAGCCUGGGGGCGACGAAAUGCGCCGAUAUACAUUCGAGGAUAACGAUUUCUUCGUUGACCAUGGCCCUGAAUAUGGAGCUCGACGUGGACGUGCACCUAGGGGCCGAGGAGGCGGUGGGUUUGGAGAGUGGGGUGGUAGCUGGCGUGGCAGAAGAUAA